AUGGCUAAUGUUAUAUUUGGUUAUACUGCAGCAAGUUUUUCAGGACGUAUGUCAUGUGUAGAUCUUGGUGACAGCAUUGUACACAAAGCAAGAGAAAUUUUAGAAAAUGCAAUUGAACUAGUAAAUAGUGGUAAAAUUCUAUUGCCGGAAAAUUGUAAUGGUCUUGCAACACCACGUGUUGUGUAUGGUGAUACAGAUAGUCUGUUUAUACAUUUAAAAGGUUAUGGUAAAUCAGAAGCAUUCGAUGCUUCGCAUCAAAUUGCUAAAGAAAUCACUAAAUUGAAUCCUGUACCAAUUAAAUUGAAAUUUGAAAAG